AUGGACUUGCGGGAUGCGACUCAUGCGCAUCGCGGUUUUUCGCGGCUCCAAAGCCUCCUGAGACAAUGGGAGGCAGCUGAUAAAGUCGCUACGCACAAGCUGCAAGAGCUCAUCGACAGCAUGACGCGGCAAGACUACCUCUCGUCUGAACAUGUCGGGCUGCUGGGUGUCGCAGCCCUGAACUUCCAGGCGUUGCUGUCUGCCAGGGCAGCUUUGGACCAGCGAUCAUGCCAAGCGCAAGCGAGUCUCCGACUCUUACAGGCUGAGCUGAAGAACAUUGCGGAUGCUGUCAAUGCGCUCUCGGAGGAAUUGCAGAAAGAGGUUCAACACCCCGCUUUCGUGAAAGAGGCAGGGGUUAUGACCUUGAGCAACGCGGGGCACUUGGCGCACAAAGCGGCGCAGAUGCUGCGUUCCGAAGUCGACUUGCGACGAUCCUUGUUGGCCUCCGUGCCAGCCCUCCGCAGAACGGACGCGGACGAGGAGCGCAGGCGGCUUCUUCUGGUGUGGAUGGAGAGGCCCUACAGCUCCAACGAGGAGGCGGGCGGCCCACUGUACUCCCUGACUGAAGCGGUUGCGCGAGCACUCUCUCAAGAGACAAAGGGCGCUCUCUCAUCUCCAGUUGUGCUCCCUCCCAAACUGCCUUUAUCAUCGGUUGUUGCGGGCUCUCCAGGGUGCGCCAGCAUGUAG